UCCUCAAACAAAAAACUGUGCCCAAUUCUUGGAAAAAAGCAUAGGUCACACCUAUCUACAAGAAGGGUAGUAGAAGUGAUUCACAUAACUACUGUCCAAUAUCCAUGACAUCGAUUUGUUGCAGAAUCUUAUAACAUAUUCUGAGCUCAAACAUAAUGAGGUAUCUUGAACAGAAUUACCUUAUCAAUGCCAGUCAGCAUGGAUUCCAAAAACAUUGAUCAUGUGAAGCCCAACUUCCACUUUUCUCACACAACAUAAUGAAAGCUUUGGAUCAAGAGAAUCAGGUGGCACACUUCCAUCCUAACUGGAGCAGUGGAACAGCUGGGGUGCGAGGAACACGGGUGCUCAAUCAUGGUCGCUACUACUGGGAACUGCGAGUGUCACACCGUGUCUUCGGCACCAGCAUGAUGUUCGGUGUGGGUACACAGCAUGCUCGUUUACAUGUUGACGCUUUCAAGAAUCUGCUUGGAGAGGAUGAACAUGGAUGGGGACUCUCGCACAAAGGCUUGCUGUGGCAUGGUGGCCGCUGGACACACUACACACGCCCCUUUCAGGAGAAUGAAUCUACAACUAUUGGAAUCUUAUUUGAUGGGAUAGCAGGAACACUUACAUACUACAAGGAUGGGGCUUGCCUUGGUGUUGCUUUCAGAGGCCUUAAUGAGGUGCGUGAGCCCCUGUAUCCCAUUGUUUGUUCAACUGCAGCAAAGACUGAAAUGACAUUAAUAACAACAAAACGUGAUUUUGUAAACCUGCAAGAUCGUUGCCGAGCUAUCAUUCUGAAGUAUGUGCGCACACGGAGUGACCUACAGCUUCUUAAACUACCAAAAAGUAUCAAGGAAUAUUUGUCUGAGACUCUAACAGACACUGUUCAAAUAUUCAAGCCAUGCAAUGAAUAUGUGCAUAUAGUGUGAUAUUAAUGAAUUACUCAGGUAUUUGUAUGAGAAGUACAUAGUUUGUUUUAUUUAUUGAUUUGUUUUUAAUUUUAUGUGGACAUGCAAAAUUGUUGUUACAGGUGUGAUUACAGCACACGUUUUAAUGCUCAUCUGGAUGGUACAGUGAUGUAAACUGGCAAACAGGUAAAAUAAGGGAAAGGCUGCUACUCACUUAUAAUGGAUAACAGAAAACAGUAUUCACACUAGCUUUUGAGCAAUGGUUCUUUUUCCAGCAAUAGCACACAUACACACACACAGCCACACAGACAUCCAAACGCAUGCUUGCUGUAGUGAUGGGAGUGUGCAUUUGGGUUUGUGUGUCAAUGUGUGUGUAAAUGUGUGUACUACUGCUAGAGAAAGAGCUAUUGCUCAAAAGCUAGUGUGAAUGUUCUUUUCUGUUGUGUGUUUAUAUGCUCCAUGCAUUGAUCUGCUACAGGUGAGUGGUUGCCUUUCCUUUAUUUUACAUUUUGCUCCAGCCAGGAAUUUCCAUUAUUGUUAAACUGGCAAACAGUUGGAUAUUGUAGCUUGAUACUUCUUAUUAAAUUCUGACUGUGAACAAUAUCCUCAGAAGUUUCUUACCUGAAACAAUACUCAUUGUAAAGGUCAACAACUGGUGAUAAUCAUUAAAAAA